AUGCCGACAGAUAUCAUGGAUCAGCUAUCAAGUGCCGAAGUCAUCGGAGAGAACGAGAAUUUGCUCAUUGAAAUCCUCAUUCGCGUUCCUGCAAAAGCCCUGAUUCGAUUCAAGUGCGUCUCCAAGGGCUGGCUUUCCCUCAUUUCUCACCCCGCUUUUUGUCGUCGCCACACCCUCCACCACCCCACUUCCAAGGUCUCUGGCAUCUUCCUGCGGUGCACUCCCAGGGGCUCCCAAUCUGACUUCCAAUUUCUCUCUCUCACCUCCAACUGCUCCGUUUCUCCCCUCAAUUCCCUCCAUUUCUCCCCCGACCUUAGCGGCAUCAGGAUUCUGCAAUCCUGCAAUGGCCUCCUAUUAUGCUCGUCUCUGGGGAAAUUCGGGACUCCUCGAAGAUAUUCUGUUUAUAACCCCACUACCAAACAAUUCUUGGUUCUUCCUCUAUCUUAUCAACCUGUCCAACAAUCUAUCGCCAUUUUUGGGGUUAAUCUAGCUUUUGAUCCGACCAGAUCGCCUUAUUAUACCGUGGUCUGCGUUAGGGCCAUGGUCGAGUCCUGCUACUUUUAUCAGAUUAUGAUAUACUCCUCGGAAAGUGAAACUGGAAAUUGGAGGCUAUCUGGUUCUCCCUUUAAUGCUCCCUACGAUAUGGCUUUCGGGGACGGAGUGUAUUGGAAUGGCGCAAUUCACUGGACUAGCCCAAAAGGCUCGUCACUCUAUUUCGAUCUCACUCAAGAGUGCCUCAGAACAAUGCCUAACCUGCUACAUUCAGGCGGUAGCUAUUGUCUCGCAGCAGCUUGUGGCCAUUUAAAUCUGAUACAAACGGGCGGGCCUCGUUCUGCUCAGAUCCAAGUCUCUCAGAUGGAGAGGGACUACUCCGAGUGGUCACUUAAGUACCAGGUGGAUCUGGCGGAGCAUGAACGUGCAUUGCCAGGAAUGAUCCGGGUUCGGAACGGUCAUCACCCUCUUGGUUCGCGUUCUUCUCCGUCGUAUAACUUCCUUGUACUCUCUUUAAUCCCGGAUGAGAAUGAAGAGCAUCCUUCUCUUUUACUUCAUAUACCUGGUAAGCUCAUUUCUUACCACUUUAAAGAUGAAACAUUUGUGACUAUUUGUGACUUAAUGCUCUCUCCAACCCACGGUUCCUUACAAUUCGGGUGGCGCGAUGCUUAUCAGUUUAUUGAAACCUUAGCUUGUGUGUAA